CAGUGGAAUGGUUGGGGAUGGUUGAUGAAUGGGGUAACGACGACUGAAACUGAUACAAAAACAAGAGAAUAUAGUGAGGGUGGUGAUUCCGCGGCGAAGGAGGAAGGUCAAAAGGGUAAGCCCGAGGGAUCCAAGGAAGGGGCGUUGGUUAUGCAUCUUUUGGACCAUUUCCUCCAGAAGGAUUUAGAGAGGCGGAUAACGCUUGAAGAAGUGAAGGUGCAUUCAGUUUCCCCAACAUGAACCCUUGGUUCCUUCAAGACCUCCCAAACCCCGACUACUGGCUUCGCAUGACAUCGCCGAACGAUUCUACUUGCCCAUCAACGCCUACAGGCAUAACAUCUUCCCCCCCGGUACCUUUCAAGACCCCAGCCACUAGCUUCAGCGAUACCACAUCACUCACGGAUUCAACUGCGUCGGUCACGCAUCCUGACGCUAUCUUCCCUGGUCCUUCUAAUUAUCCCACACCACCUUCAUCCUCCGCAAGGGCGAACUCUACCUCAGGAAUUUCAGGAACUAGUGCAAGCGGCUUUAUCGUUCAACAUACCGCUGCAGACGAAGAAGACCCUAUCACGCAAUUUGCCCCAAUAGAGAAGAUUGAGGUCACUGAUAAGGAGCGGGACGCAGCGAUGAGUGCAGUCAAGUUCAGAUGGCGGAGGCAAGGUGCCUCUGGGGAGAAGAAGAAGGAGAGCAGAGGAAGUCGAGUGAUGGUUGGUGGGGUCAGUAAGGUUACGGAGGAAGUCUCAGAGCUGCAAGUACAGAAGGGAGGUUUGCUUCGGAUCUCGCACCGAAUUUCCAACUUCUUACGUGGCGCUGUCCCAUCUCGCUCCAGGCCUUCACUUCAAGACUCUGAUUCUACAUCCAGUCAUGACCGUACUUCCCGUGUCGACCGCACUUCGAGCAAACGUAGUUCUCGCUCUAGCGGAAGGCGCGACAACAAAGGCAAGGAUAUUGGUGAUCGCGGACCUGUUACUAGCGAGCCGAAUAUGCGCUUGAGGGCGCUGAGGCGCGAUGAUAAAGAUGCUCGAACUCGAGAAAGAGAGCGGCGUCGGAUUCGAGGGAAAGAGGAGGAGAGAGCAAUCAUAGGGACUGCGAAUAGCCCCCUGUUGUCUCAACCCCCUAGCCUAGGCCAUAAGCCACCAUCCGUUCGCCCCAGUGCUUCUGCGCCAGAAAGGCGUUUACGAGAACUGGGCUUGGAAGAUGCUGAGAGAACGCCACGACUUGGAACUCGAGGACUACCUUCAUCUGCUGUAUCUACCACAGCCGCUCCUUCUCCGCGCAAUAAAUGGAAAGGUAAGGCAAAACAAACGCAGGACUUUCAGCCUUCCAAAAGACAAUCUAUAUCUCUUCGUCGUUCAAUUUCCCGUUCACGCUCCCCCGCCAUCUACCGAUCGCGUUCACCAACACCAGAUGCGGGUACAGGUACCAUCACACCGACGCUCACGGCCACUACAAAUCACCCGAAUGCAGGUAUGUCACCUAUGGGGAAGAUAUUCUCCACGUUAUCGUCUGGGUGGAGGAGGAGUGAGAGUGUAGUGUCGUUAGGUCUAGGUCUUGCCCAUGGCCAUCUUACGCAUGCCAGGAGUGCUUCCUCAGUUCCCGGUGUCACAGGGGCGUCAAAUACGUGCUCACCUUCCUCUGCACCGUCGGGUAUCAGUGUGUUGAGUGCUGUGGCUGGGACUUCAUCAACAAUGGGGGUAACUUCCUUGCCAAACUCCGCGAUUCCAUCUUUGUCUACUUCGCCAGUCUCCUCGCGCUCCCCAGUAUCACCUUCCUCGAUACGUCCUCGACCAAACCAUGCACUAACACAACCACAAAUCCUUGGUUUUGCUCGUUCGGAUCCCCGUGUUCGGUCUCACAUGAAGUUCUUCGUCGACUCCGAUGAGGAUGCUCGCUCUGACUCGUCGUCCCUUGACCUUGAUGACGAUAAUAUGUCUUUAUUUUCAGACGAAGGCGAAUACCGUCGUGUACGGCAUAUCCCUUCAUGGAAUCAAGAAGGUGGUCGUCAUCCUGCUGAACUUGACUCGUUGGAGCCUGAGCAGCUUUCACCCACUUCGCCGAUAUCGUUUUCGCCGUACCCCAGUCAUGGUGGUUCCGAUUAUGAGUACCGGUACGAUCAUCGGUACAAUUUGGGUCCGUCGUCUUCAAUUGCGUUUGCCCCGAGGAGGAGAGGAUGGGACGCCGUGUCAGAUGGUGACAUUGUGGAUGUCAUGUCGAAUCUGGAUAUAUCGGAUGAUGAAGGGAGUAAGACUGAUGACAUUGAGUAGGACUAGGACGAAGGGGAAGAAAAUGAGGGCCGGUUGUGGACUGUUAUAAUAUCAGAACAACGCCUCCUUGUCCUUGUGACUAUCCAUGAUAACCACCCAUUACCCUCCCUCAUACCCCCCGCACAUAUGAAACUAGAACACGAAGCUGUUCAGUCCAUACCAUAUACGCCGAAUGUCCCCGAUCUGUGAUCACCCGGCGAUACCCUGAUCCUAUAUCGAAAAAUGUACCAAAACCAAGCCUAAAACCACUUUUUAUGUGGACGUUGUUACCCUUUUAUUCGUGAUAC